AUGUCAGUGGCUAAGAAGGCAAAAAUCAACGUUAUGAAGCAAAUUUGUACGCAUUCAGGAUCUUUCCAUGCUGAUGAGGCCUUGGCAGUUUACAUGCUGAAGAUUCUCCCAGAGUAUAAGGAUGCUAAAGUGGUGAGGUCUAGAGAGCCUUCCAGAUGGGAAGAAAGCGAUAUCGUCGUGGAUGUGAGCGGUAAGUAUGAUGCUGAGAAGGGUCUCUUCGAUCACCACCAGCGUGAGUUUUUUGAGACCUUUAGUGAUAGCUUCAAAACCAAGCUCUCCAGCGCCGGGUUGGUGUACAAACAUUUUGGCCAGAAAAUCAUUAAGACCAUGCAACCCCAAUUAGCGGAAACGCAAGUAGAUUUUCUGUAUGAAAAGGUAUACAGGGAUUUCAUCGAGUCAUUGGAUGCCAAUGAUAACGGAAUCAGCAAUUUUGACAGUGAGGAACUUGGUGUGAAGCCUCGCUUCCAUGACAAAAAUAUCACAAUUCCAGGCAUUGUUUCCGGUAUGAAUCCUAACUGGAACGAUGAUUGUACGGACGCUAACUUUGACAAAUGUUUUUUCAAAGCGUCUGACUUCAUUGGUGGUGUUUUCGUUAACUUGGUCAAAGGCUACGGUGAAUCUUGGAUGCCGGCCAAGACCUUGGUUCAGGAAGCUGUGGAGAAAAGAUUUGAGGUUGACGCUUCUGGCAAGAUCAUAGUCCUAAAGCAGUUCUGUCCUUGGAAGGAGCAUUUAUACACCAUUGAGAGGGAAUUGGGUCUGGAGAACGAAAUCCAGUUUGUGUUAUUCGAAGACUCCUCAGGAAAAUGGAGAGUUUCAACUGUUCCGGUGUCGGCUACAUCGUUUAAAUUUAGACAAGGUCUUCCUGAGCCUUUAAGAGGCCUCAGAGACGACGAAUUGAGCACAAAGAGUGGCUUGCCAGGCUGCAUCUUCAUCCAUGCCGCCGGAUUCAUCGGGGGAGCUCAAUCCAGGGACACGGUAUUGAAGCUUGCUCAGCUGAGCUUAUAG